CGGUUAUUAUAAGUAAUCAACGAAAUUGUCGCAAUUUGAAAAAGUUGUUCCUAUCUAAUGAUUUCAAGCUAAAACAUUAUAAUUUCAUAACAGCGGAAUAAUUAAUUACGUAAUUGUCCCAUUGUCAAUGCAAAUUACUCUCUAGCCCUAGACGUUGUGGCGCCCAGGCUCGAAUAGGGGAGCAACAGAAACAGCUACCGUGCAUUUAAUACUUAUAGACGACAUACGUAAUUUGUCAACUGGCUUGUAAAUUCAAAACAUUGCACUGUCUCCCAUCGUACUGUAACUCAAACAAUAUAUAGAAAUGACUCUGAUUGAAUCUUGCUGGAUGGUUUUCACCUGGCUAGGUCUUUUUAGACCAACUAAAUGGAAGGGAUUAAAAGCGCGAAUUUAUGAUUUAUAUACAGCGAGUGUACUAUUUUUCAAUUACUCAUUUUUUAUAUGCGGUGUUAUGGACAUCGAUUUUACUCAUCUUAAUUUUUUUGCUGACAUCGAUCUCAUUACAUUGAUGCUACAAUACAUUGAAAAUACGCCGAAAAUAUUAUGCAUGAUACUGAGCCGUAACGCUCUUAUAGAAAUUGAUUUUAAACUUCAAAACGAUCAUUUUAAAUUAAAAGACGAGGAUGAAAAAAAAAUUCAAAGUAAAUUUGACAAAUUUAGUAGGUAUGUUUUACUGGCAUAUUCAACUUUACAAGCGACAUCACUCGUAUACUAUACAACAGGUCGAAUUCUCGCAAUGGAAUCACCCGUAAUACUGCCUUAUAGAAGCAGAAUACCGUUCAAUUAUUCUAGUAGUAAUAAAAUUUAUAUGCUGACUGCCCUCGAUCAACUUUAUUCCGUAUCAAGUCUUAUUUGCAUAAAUGGAGCAUUCAAUUUGGUCUUUACUUCUACAAUGUAUCAAAUUUGUACUAAAAUCCGUAUACUUAAACACCGUUUCAAAGUUAUUAUUCAACAGUUAGAACAUAAUGGGGAAAUAGAUAAUAAUGAUAAUAAAAAUAUUAGAGAUGUUAUGAGAAAAAAUGAUGCGAUGACGGAUAAAAUUGAAAGUCAACUUAUUGCUAACUGGGUAGAGAGUCAUAUUGCACUUAUAAAUUUAUAUGAUUAUGCUAAAUGUGUUUUUGCAAAAGCUGUUUUUAUUCAUUACGUUAUAAAUUCAAUUGUAAUGUGUACACUUGCAUAUAUUUUAAGCCACUGUGAAGUAGAUAACAUCUUUUUUGGUAACGUAUGUUAUUUUUCGGUAAAAUGUACGCAACAAUUUUUACAAUGUUCUUCUGCUCAUCAAAUCACUUUAGAGUUUGAAGAUCUUCGAGAUAUGAUUUUCAGUACCAACUGGUUCGCUACUAAAAUAAAUAUCCAAAAAUCAAUUAUUAUAAUAAUGUCUAAAUCGAUAGUCCCAAUUGAAUUCGUUAGUGGGUAUUUCGUCACACUGUCACUAGAUUCAUUUAAAAGGAUUCUUAAAUUGUCUUACACUAUUUAUAAUGUACUUGAGGGCUAA